UUUAUUCUUGUAUUAAUCAAACUGCAGGUUCAAGAAGCCAUGGAGGAGAUUGGCAGUUCCGGAAUUCCUUUGAGUGUUGUGGCAAAGGCUGCAGAGAUUCAGCUCCUAUAUGCCGUUGACAGAGUACUUUUAGGCAGUAGAUGGUUUCGAAAAGCCACGGGUAUUCAGCCAAAGUUACCUUAUUUGGUUGAUUCUUUUGAAAGAAGGAGUGCAUUUUCUAUCCAAAGAGCGUCAGGGUCAGCAACUAGAUGUCUUGGUGAUUCAGUAGAAGCAGAUACUUCCGCAUCACUGCUUAGAGUAGAAGAUAAUAGUCCAAGCGAAGACGAAAAGAGACAGCAAAAUCUCUGGUUUCCUUUUGGAGAUUGGAUUAAUCACUCUGAAUCGAAAAAAGAACACACUCAUCAUAAGGGUCCAUCAGAUGGAAGGGAUAUGGAAUCUAGAGAGAGAGAAAUGCUGCGAAGUCCUUUCUUACCAAAGAUAACAAUGGUAGGGAUUUCAACAGGAGAAGCUGCACAAAUGAGUAAGGCUAAUCUCAAGAAAACAAUGGAAGAUUUAACAGAAGACUUGGAGCAAUCUGAUGAAGGGAAUGAUCAUGGUUCGAAACGUUAUGACCCUCGAAAGAUGGAAGAGAGAGAUCCUCUUUUUGUUGCAAACGUCGGAGAUUACUAUUCGGGUAUGGCGAAAGCUGGUUCUGCUCGGUUGUCACGUCGAGGGGAUGACCAGUAACGAAACACAUCCUAGGUCACAUAGCCUAUUUGUGUGAAUUGCUCAAGCCUAGUUACUAUUUUGUUGCUACUUGUUAUACUGCUUUAAAUUCCAAUUUGUUGUCAUGUUAAAAAUAGGGAAAAUUCCAUAAAAAUACACCAACUAUUUUUCUAUUGAAAA